GCGUGUGCCUCCUAAGUUUUUACAUUGGAAGUUCGAAUUUCGGAUAAAAUUGGGGGAGGAUUGUAAUUUACUAGUUUAACCCUCCAGUUUAAUUUAUUUUGUCACUUUUUCUUUUCGACAUUUUUUUUGUUAAUUAGGGUCUCUUGAUUUAGUCGAGAUUCCAAAUACUGGUUCGGGCUUCUCGAGUUUUGGCAGGAAGAAAACUAGAGAUACUGAUCUGAUUCACUCGAUGGCUGCCACGGCUCUUCUCCGAUCGAUUCGCCGACGCGACGUCGUCUCCGCGCCUCUUUCCGUCUACAAAUCUCUUGCUGGUAAUGCUCAACCUUCAUUGGGUAGUUCAUACACUGGUCAAAACUAUGCAAAUCUGUGUAGAGCUUUCGGAUCGAAACCUGGUGUGAAUGACAUUUUUGGGACUGGUUUGGGAUCUACCAACACAAGCAAUACCAUUAGAGAGGAGAGAGAGCAUUCAAAAGCAACCAUGAAUGCAGUUGGAGCUCAUUUGCGAGCUCUUGGUGUGGGAACACCAAGACGCAUGUUGUCUACAAUCUCAGGCGGUAUAAAGAUGACAGAGGAGAAACAGAACUCUCCAAAAGUCCAAAGCUUUCGCCCUCUAUCUCCUCACCUUCCUGUUUACCAGCCUCAGAUGAACUCCAUGUUGUCGAUUUUCAACAGAAUCUCUGGGGUUUACUUGACCGGAGUCUUUUUCGGCGGCUACCUUCUCUACCUGAAGAUGGGUAUGAUUUGCCUCACCUACCCGAGUUUCUACCAAGUUCUUUUCCAGGUACAGCACCAACUUCCGGUCAUCACCUCGGUUACUGCACUAGCCGCGCUCUACCAUACCAUCAAGAGUACUCACUCGCUCUUGACUCAUUAAAAACCUUUCCCAAAGCUUGAAGAAUUGCUGGUUAAAGCCGCCAAAGUCUCCAGUAAGAGUUUCUUUGAGAUGAGCAAAGAUUAAUAAAGAGAGAAAGAAACGUUUGUCAAACUCUCAUUUGUCUUUGAGAAAGUAAGGUCCAACUUUUGUUUUGGGAUUUUAGGCUUUUUAAAAGGUUUAUGUUUAUUUGCUUUUCUUUGUUCUCAGACCUAUUUGAAGUGGUUGACUCUGUUUUGUUCGCAAUAAAUUCCCCGUUCGGUUGUUAUGCCAGUUUAACCAAUGUCAUACGUUUUGAAAGGGAAAAUACAGAGCCAAAAC